UUUUCAUAAUAUUCAACCAAUUGUUUCAACCGAUUUUCGCUCAAAGAGGCAUUUAGUGGAGACUCCCUCAAGCUUGACCCGACACGCUACUUUUCUCCGCCGCGGCGGAAAUAAAAUCAACUGGAUACCUGGAUUACUACAACAUCAACCACCUCAAGGCAUGCGAACCGAUUGUUGUCUUUUCAAUUUCUUCAUCUCGCCGAGCCGAAGGAAAAAGUACCGGUAACUUCGAAAAUACAAAAAUGUCGGAAUCAUACCCCUGUGGCAACCCCUCCGCGGCGGAGGGGACACCCCGCAAGAAACGAAAACUUCGUAAGGGCACCCAAAGCUGCUGGGAAUGCAAGCGGCGGAAGAUCCGAUGCACAUUUGCAGCACCUACAGACACCACCUGCGACGGGUGUAAAAGUCGUCAAACGAGAUGCAUUAGCCAAGAAUUUCCUGAAGAAAUAGCAUCUACAAGAAAAAGCAUCAACAGGCUUAACCGAAUAGAAUCGCUAGUUGAACAGUUGGUUCAGCGGGACAGCGCCGAUACGCUACAUACGUCGCAUUUGGAUCAAUCGGGACGGGAUGCGACUGUACGGCGAGCUCAAGAUCCUUCAGGGCUCUCCAAGGCGGUCGCGACCUCUGGCCUAGAGUUAGAGAGUCAAGCGACUGGCGAUCUUGAUGGCCUAUCCCAUACUCUCCUGGAAGUGUGGCCUAAUCAGGAAGAUCUCGACAUAAUUCUAGGCAUUCCAGUCCCCGUUUCGAUAUUAUUUCACGGCGUAGUCUUCCGUCCCUACUCCGAUUUCUUUUCCGGGCAAAUGUCGUCGUCGCGAUCCAUGCUACAGCCACCCCUGCCAAAAUCCCAUCCAGUUCUCGUUGCAAGGAAAUUGCUGCUACUAGCUACUUUCCUACAAGGCAUCCAACCAAGUUCUGCUGAUGAACUAGUUAGUCUGAGUUCGGACUACCAUGAUCUUAUGUCUCGUGUAUUCAAUGUCGCUACUAGGCUCGUAACAAGCGAUGACGAGCUUAUCAACUCACUCGAGGGUAUUGAGUGUGUCAUGAUUGCGAGUAUGUAUUUGGAUAAUGCUGGAACCCUCCGCCGCGCCUGGCUAGCAAACCGUAGAGCUAUGGCCGCGGCGCAGAUGAUGGGUUUGCACACUAGCACCAGUUCACCGACCAUCCUCGAAAGCGAAACGCGGGAUCGCAUUGAUCCUGAUUACAUGUGGUUUCGCAUUGUACUGACAGAUAGGUAUUUGUCGUUAAUGCUAGGUCUUCCUCAAGGCACACACGAGAAUAUCUUCGCCCGCCCGGAAGCCCUCGAUAGAUGUAUGGAUGUGGAACGCAUGGAGCGUAUGAUGGCAGUUGCUUCUAGUCUCAUUCUCCAGCGAAACAGCGAUCAAAACCCCGAUCCUGCGGCGACGCGUAAAAUUGACAAGAUGCUACAGGAUGCUGCCGCUAUGAUGCCCCCGCGGUGGUGGCUGAUAGCGUCUGACCCCACUACCAUCACUAAUAACGGCGCAAAAGCAUUUGAGGAAACCGUCCGCCUCAUGAACCAAUUCGCAUACUAUCAUCUUCUCGUUCGAGUGCAUUUACCGUACAUGAUGCUGCCUUCUUCAAUUGAGCCAAGCUUCGAUUAUAGUAAGAUGAUUGCUGCGAGUGCCAGUCGUUCAAUCAUUACAUUAUUCGUUUCGUUUCGCAGCUCUUGUUUGGAUACCAUGUACUGCCGCGGCGUCGAUUUUGUUGCUUUUAUCGGGAGCAUAGUUCUAUGUCUUGCGCAUAUCGAAGCUCGUCGCCAGCUCAAUGCCAAUAGUGGCAAAGGUAUUAACGUUUUCCAAUCGCUUCAACAUCAACGAUUGAGCGACCGUGGAUUACUCGAACGUACCCUCGAAAUAAUGGAGAGGAUGGCUGACACUUAUCACGAUAUAAUCACUCAAAAGAUCUCCAGCAUCCUCCGGCCGUUGCUCGCCAUUGAGGAUAAUUCUCUCCAAGGGGACUACUACCAUGUUCACACCUCUUCGGAUGCCAAUAAGCAGGAAUCUCAGUGCAUCGGCGAUACGAGCGAAGCUUUCCACGCUCUCCAUAUAAAGAUCCCGUACUUCGGGACGAUCCGGAUCGAGCAUCGCCCCUCCCUUCCAAAUCCAAUUGAACCGGUACCAUGCGGAAGCUUGCCCGUAUCGCAGCAGCCAGACGCAGGAUUGGUUACCCUCCACGAACCAGUUUCCCCGCCCAACCAAGAUAAAGGAGGAAAGACCCCCAAAAGCCGCCCGCUAGGCUAUGAAUUCAGUAUUAAUGAACCGGUCAAUGCAGAUUGGCAAGCAGUGCCAUCGUCUUUCGAUACCAGUGGCACGCAAGAGAAUUAUCUUAACCUCUUGGUUCCCGGGUUGGAGGCAGGCAUAGAUGACUGGGUGUUACAGGGAGUCGACAUGGCUUUGUUUAGUAACCUCACACAAGGCUCGGAAGAGUCUGCUCAUAUUUAAUGAGUUCAAUUCCCUCAUUGGUUUAUAUUAUAGGUAUAUUACCUGUACCCGUUGAACGGGCAAGAACUUUUAGGAUUUCGGAAUGUGAGAGGGGCAUAAUGAGGAUUGUUUCAAGCCCAAGAUGGAGUCAUUUUGGCGGGCUAGCGGGGCUAGCGGGGUCGAGUGCCUUCUGAGCCCUGUGCACCGCCGUAGUCGAGCUCAGGUGCGGUGUCCAGCCUCAACUCACAGUUCAAGCUACCUUACCAAGAGCUCAAUUCCAAGUUUGCAGUGACAAGUUCGAGGUAUUUCUUUGACUAUUUAUUAGGACAGUGUUAAACACCAUUAUAAACGAUUUUGACUGUGGACGUUGGACAAAGAUUUAAACCCGUACUUUUGUAGGUAUACAAUACGGAUAGGGUUAUGAUUGACGCUACAGGACCUACCCAAGCUUGAAGAAUUCUCUUUGUUGCUACAUCUAGUAGGAG